AUGUUCCCCGCUGGGAGCACACUAAUCGCUGCUGGAACGUUGCUGAUAUCCCCUGCUCUCGCUAGCUAUGCAUUUUAUGUGGGCAAAGAUCUCACGGCAGACGGCAGUGUCAUGAUCGGUGGAACGGGCGAGGAGGUCAGUAGCCACUGGCUACAGCUUUUCCCUGCAAAGGAUCAUGCUCCCAACGAGACCAUCACUGUCGGCGUUACAAAGAGUGCUGUCCUUCCCGGAGAACUCAUACAGAUCCCUCAAGUCAAUCAUACUUAUCGAUAUCUAUCCAUGGAAUACUCUGAUUACGAAGGAUUUCCAGCGCCUCUUACGAACGGAGGCUUGUCUGAAAGAGGCAUUGCGGUUCGCGACGUAUGGUCGGAUUCGAGAUCGGAGCUGUAUGAUAUGACUCCUUUCCAGCGGGGUCUGCAGUAUAGCGACCUGGCUCGAGUAGUCCUGGAGCGAGCCAACACAGCUCGUGAAGGUGUUGAGAUAAUCGGCGAUAUGAUUGCCAAGUAUGGAUACGCUGACUAUGGUGGUAACUCUCAUCUUAUUGCAGACCACAAUGAGGGAUGGGUUGUCAUCGAGUUCGCGGGAGGCCAGGGUCUCUGGGCGGCAGAACGACUUGCAUCGGACGAGGUGCGGGUGUUGUAUCCUGGCUAUAUCCAAGACUUCCCCACCGACUUUGAGAUGAACAGCACCGACUUCAUGGGCUCGCCAAAUCUGGUCUCUUUCGCCGUGGAGCAGGGUUGGUGGGAUCCGAACGGCUCCAAGCCUUUUAACAUCUUCAACGUGUACGGCCUCCAAGGUAACUACACUGCUAGGGAUGGCGGCUUCAAAUACAUGUCUCAGGCUGCACUGGAGAAUGCAACCAUGGAAAUGGCUCCCCUAACAGAGGAAAAGCUCAUUGAAAGAGUCCGAGAUUAUCGCAUCUCAGAUGAUGAAGCAGGUUACGGACAAGUGCUGAGUCUCCGCGAAGGGACUGACCCAGAUCUUCUACGAAUCUGGAUAGCUCCAACGGGAUCCGUCACGGCGCCUUUUACCCCUUACUGGAUGGGCGUGGAAUCAAUCCCAGCAGAGUUUGGUGAACAUCGAUACCUGACGACAGGAGCGUCGAGUUCAUUCUUGAAUCCCGACUACCAAUUCCAGGAAGCUACGUACUUKGCCGGACGGGUCUUCAAGCAAGUACUGUAUUAUACAUGCUCACAGCCCGAGAUGUAUCUGCCAAUCGUGCAGAAUGUGCUGAAGGGCCUUGAAAUCUUUUCGCGCARUGAAGUCGAUCUAUACGAGAAGGCUGCCAUGGCACUGUUGGAUGGUGGUCAUCGUGAGGAUGCUAACAAACUGCUCACGUCGUUUUCUCACUCCCGAGCCUCGCAGGCAUUGGCGACUGGAAGGACCUUGGUGGAUGCCCUGGAUUCGUAUGUGAAGCUUACGGGAAGAUGGCGGUCUCCCAUUGAUACCYUGAUUAACGAUGAUGGAGAGGGUGGUGAGACUGUGAACUGUCUUGUUGGUCUGGAUCCCGAUCAGCCCGUUUGGAAGCAGCCUCAGAUGCCCAUCCGGCGGAGUCCAAAGAAUAGAAUGCGCCUGUAG